GACGGCAUGAAUUGAGACUGAAGAUUGCGUAACAUUAGAGGACCAAGAGUCAAAGCCCAUUUCCGGAAUCAAAUUAUCAAAACCCCAAAGUACGAGCGCGUUUUUCUUUUCAACACGUGGCUUUGCGGCCUUAUUCGUCCACUUUAUUGUUUUUGGUUCAAUAAUAAUAGGAAUUCGUUUCCCUUGCUCCAAAGCUAAUAAUAUAUUCACGAACGAACAAAAAAAAGAAGCAAUCUUUCAGCUCCCAAGGAGUCGGAAAUGCAUGUGAUGAAGAGCUAAAGUUCGAUCGCCGGAGUAUUCAUCGGAAUCCUGCGGAAUGGCGCUAGGGAACUUCGGCGGCAUCCUACACGUGUACAGUUAGGUAAAAUGAUAGAAAUCAGGUAGCUCAUUUUCCCAGCAGAGAGGAUAGAUAAUCAGAAAUUAUGGAAUCGAGGAAGAAACUUUAAGGUCUUGUAGUUUCCACAAACUUUGAAGCAGCAGAAAUUUUACUCUUAUGUUACAUCACCCGUGCCUGAAAAUGGGAAGAAAUGGCCUGGAGAAGUUUGAAGCAACCAAUAGAUUGUUCAGAAAGAACACAAGCAGCGAUUCUUCAAAAAUUUUAAAAAAAGGAAAUCAGCAUCCUGCAUGGUUACCUGAGGGCUGGAAUGUGGAUUUCAGAACUCGAAAAAGUGGUGUACGUGUGGGAACUAGGUAUAAGUGCUUCACUGAUCCAUUGAAUAGAUUCAAAUUCUACUCCAAACCUGAGGUAUUACGGUAUCUUGAAACUGUAGAGGGCAGCAACUGCACUUUCAAGAAGGGAUGCACUGCUAAGCAAUCUACAAGCAAUCUGUCAUCUGCUGCCAAAAGACAGAAACUGAAGCACUCUGCAAUCAAACUGCAGCUUGUUGCUGGCAAAGAAGUUUCUGACAGUGUCUUAGAAUUGUCAGGUGCCUGCAGCAGCUCAAAAGAAGGGCAAAAUAUGAAGGUUUCUGCUGAAUUUAUGGUUUCUCCUGUUUUGACAUCUGACUCUGUGGUCAAGAUGCAUUUGCCUAAGGAUGCAGCUGAAGACAGUUCUGAAAUUAAACGAUCUAAUCUAGCUGAUGUACAAGAGAAGAAUUAUAUUUUGAAUGGAGGGGAGAAGGCUAAUGAAGAGAACCCAUUUUGCGCAAGCAUAUCCAAAAACAAGAAGGAAUUGAAUGUGCCUCACCAGCUUUUGAGACAAGCUGCUGGGAAAGCUGAUCAGUUAGCCGACACUGUGACCCAUGAACCAGCUCGUCAAGUUCCAAAGAGAAGCUUAAGGAAACGUGUGACACCUAUAGAUGUUGACUUGAAAAAUAAAUCAUCUCAGCAGUUGAAUGUUGUCCCAGAAAUUCAGUAUGUGCAACAAGCCUGUGGAGAGUUACUCAAGAAAAACAGCAAUUGUGAAGUUGAACUAGUUUACAGAGAUCAACCAUACCAACUAGUACCAGAGAAAAUAGGUGACAAAGAGGUAGAACAUCAGUACUCUCCAUCUCGGGAUUUCACUGCACAAAGCCUCAAGGUUGAAAUGAAGGCUAUUGCAUGUGAAUUACCUGCUAGGGAUGUUUCACAUUUUGAUCAAAGUUUGGCUUCUGAAGCUAAUGUUAUGAAAGAAGAGAAAUUGCCAGUUGAUCAGAUUGGAAAAAGUGAUGCCUCAGAAAUUCAUGUUAACUUGAACAAAUAUAGUAACAGGAAAAAUCAUUGCAAUCCAUGCCGGCGAAAUUCAAAGCGACUUGCUGGAUUAGAACCAGAGGUGAUGACCAACUCCAUAGUCUGUAAAAGAGCUCCUGAAUAUAAGAGCAGAAGGUCUAAAAGUAGGGUCAAGGCUAUAUUGCGGCAAGCUGAGGGUGGGCUGGGUGUUGAUGCUGCAGAUAAUGCUUCUACCUUUAUAAAUAUUCCAUUAAAUAGAGAGACAUCAAAUAAAAGCUUAAAAUCUCCUAAGAUUCCACCCAUUACCCAUGAGCAACCAGAAAAGUGUGGAGAUGAAGAGAUAGAUUAUGUGAAACCAGAAUCUCAGCAGCCCAUGGCUUGCCAAUAUUCUUCGUCUGACCAAUGCUUGGAAUUUGAAAUUAAGACUUUCACUGGUGUGCUACCUGUUGAGAAUUCAAUUGGUAAUGGCCCUAAUUUGUCUACUGAAGCUAUGCUGUUUGACAGUGCUAAAGAAAGCAGCAGUGACAGAAAUGCGUUUGUAAAUUCAAAAAAAUUGAAGAGCAAGAAGGAGUUGCCUUGCCGGUUGUCAAGGAGGCUUGCUGGCCACGAACCUGAGGUAAUGCCUGCUUUAAGAGCUCUAGAAUAUGCAACUAGGAAAUCACGAAAAGAUAAAUCAACUGCAACUGUGGUUUUGAACAAUGGAGUUUCUAAGCUAGUUAGUGCUAGCAAAGAACCAGAGGUUAUUCUUGAUGCACCUAAAAGUUUGUUGAAAUCAAGUGUACUUGGUGAACCAUCGAACAAGAGUGAAAAGUCAUUUGGAGGCCAAAAUUUUCCCGAGGAUCAGCAGCAGAAGCUUGAAACUGAUAGAAUUGGUGACAAGAGUUUGGAGACACAAGUUGGCUUACUGUUUGGGAUGGAAGCAGAGCAUACUCUUCGUGCAUCUGACAGCUUGGAAAUGAGAGUACUUGAAGAAACAUCAAGCAAGAGUGAGAAGCCAUAUGAAACCCACACUGUUGAAGGAUUGAAUGAGAGUGUGAAAUUAUUUGAAACACAAACUAUUCACAUGGAGCAACUGCAGGAGCUUGAAACUGUGAUGAUUUCAGAAACACAGCUUUGCUUACCAGUUGAGAAAGAAACAGAGUGUUCACGUCAUGCAUCUUGCAGUUCAGAACUAAGAGUACUCAGAGACACAUCAAACAAGAGUGUGAAGUCAUAUGAAUCUCAAACUAUUGAAGAAUUGUUACAUGAGGACCAAACUGUUGCCAGUGAGCAACGGCAGAAGCUUGAAGCUGAACAACUUGGUGGUGUGAUGUCAGAGUCACAAAUAUGUGAGCAGUUUUGGUCAGAUCCGUGCCUAGAAUUUGCAAUCAAGACCCUAACAGGUACAUUGCCUGUGGAUGAUGCUGCCAACAUUUUGCCAGUUAUGACUUCUGACAACAAUGACCAAGCAGACAAGGAAUUGCUUGACGGUGUGGUAAAGAGUCCCAGCGAAGAAGAAAGUUGUGAUGACUUGAACCAAUCCCAAAAUAGUAAAUUCAUGAUGCCUAAUUUUUUUUUCCAGCCUUCGAAACAAACUCAGUUGAGGACCAGCUCCCCAUUUUGCCAGAAUAGGGUGUCUUGUAGUGAAGAAGUUGAUAUAACCAGGAAUUUGAGUGAAGGGGAGCCCCUUUGUAUGGAAGACGUGAGUACAAAACUUGCGAGUCAUCAGAUAACUGGAAGCACAGUAAUUCAUGAAGAGCCGUCAAAGAAAAUUCCUCAGGUUCUUGAUGCCGAAGCUGUUCCAUCUAAGCAACCACAACUUGAAACUGAAAUCAUGAGCCGCGAGAAGCCUGAAGCUCAGUUUUGUUAUCCGUUUAUGGAUUCUUGGUCAGACCCAAGUCUAGAAUUUGCAUUCAAGACUCUCACAGGUGCCACAACAAUAGAGGAAGAUUUACCAAUUCAAGGAUGUUUGGGGGAAGCUGGCAUUUGGAAUGGCCAGAGGGACAGUUACUCGUCGUUGCCAGAUUUUGGAUUGACGAGUUUUUCUCAAAGUGAUAUAUCAUCCUACUACAAUUCGGAGGAUAGGUCCAUACCAGAGCAGCAGCCACAAACAAGCCUUGGCGUGGAGGUUGAUCCUCAGAAAUAUCAUUCUCAUUGCAAUAGGAAAAUUCCAAGGUAACAUCCUCAAACGUUGUUGUGUUGCCCCAUGAUGACUAAUGUUAAUUUUGUUGACGGCCUAUGAAUUGUCGUUACCCAUCUUGAUGUAGUUCUUGUAACAUAGUAGUGAAUAUUCUUCUGAACAUGUCUGUUUGAACUAAGAAACUAACUACUCUAUUUUGUAUGCCA